AUGGGAAAGGGACACCUGAUUUGGGAUGGCUUCGAUGGACUAAAAGGGCCAUCCAUUGUCUGUGCACAGACCUCCCUCGGAUUCUGGGGCACAAGCAAGUCGGCCGCCAGCACACCCAACCUCAGCCAGCUUGCAAAUAAUACCCCCGAUGUCGGGACAUACCCCCCUUUGGGACCUGGAGCUCCAGGAACGGGAGCAGGAGCGGCGGCAGCUGUGGGGAGUACAAGCGGGUCGUCGGGGUCGGUGAUGGGAUCCGUGGCGGACCCUAUUGGAUCUGGAGGAGGAGAGGGAAACAGUUCAAACUCUUUUCAGCAGCGACGCAAACGCAGCGAGAGCAUUGGCGGACUUAAGUCUACGGCAGGAACUAUCUCGAGAAUGGUUCGCAAGACAAGCAGCAACUUUUUGAGGAAACUGGCCAAGAACUUUGAAGACAAGGAUGCACCCCCAAUCCCCAUCGUACCUCAGCACACCAAGAACACCAACACCCUCCACCUCUCGACUUCCUCCUUGUCAGUCAACAGCACCCCUUCCUUUGCAGGAACCAUCACCACCACCUUAUCGGACCUCCCUCCCGUCCCCAAAGACAACACUGGAUAUGGACCCUUCGAUGUUGCUAGACAAGAAACACCCAGGGAAGCAACCAGCGAUGGGGAGGAGAAACGGACAGCGGCACUUGACAUCCCAGGAUCUCGUUCAACCACCAACGAGCAAUCUGCACUGGACCAGGAACUUUCGCGAUCGGCAUCAACCGUGGAGUCGUGGCUCAAAAGGACCCAGUCAGACCUCGACGCAACCUCUGUUGCCAUAAAUGGAUCUGCGUCAACACCACCAGUCUCCUCGAGCUCGACUGCUGCCACUUCGGCGUUUGGGUCAGAGACAUCUCCACCGCCCAACAUUCGCCGCCCCUCUCACAUUUCUGUCGUGUCUACAGAGGAUGGCGAGGAGGGUUCCGAUACAGAGCAAGUUCCCGGAGCAAUGGUCCCAAUAGGAUCGGCGCGACUUUCGCUCAUGUACGAGUCAGGAUCUAUCCACCUCAACCAGUCGCAGACAUCUUUGUACUUUUCGACCAAAUCUGCUCUAUCAGACGAGACGGAGAACUCAGGCGUGAAGGCUACGGCUGCAGCAUUGACACGGAGUUCCAUACGCUUCUCACAGUACGGACUUCUUGCAGCCAAGGACUUGCCAUUGACACCAGACACCCUCUCGGUACCUGGAGCGGAAUCGGGAGAGAAGCCUUUACCAGCACGACCAGUUUCCAUGAUGGUGACUUCAACAUCGUUAACAAUAACCGAGGAUGAGCCAACGCUUGGUGCCACUCCAUCCUUGGCCGGCCGCCGCAUGUCGACGUCUGUCCUUCAAAUACCAGAGGAAUCCCACGCCGCAUCACGAUCACCAUCACCAUCACCAUCCGCAGAGGUUACGGUCAAGUUCACCUCGCUCGUACUGGAACGUCCAACGCCGAUUUUGCCCAGAGAGACCACGGAUGACCCGGCGUACAACACUUCCAAGCGGUGCUUUGACGAGGACGAGUCGUUCUUGAAGCGGGACGAGAUCUCUUGUUAUCUGGGAGCCGCCAAGCCGUUCAACCGUCGUGUGGUCACCCACUAUAUGAACCACUUUGACUUUUCUGGCAAGCGGCUCGACGACGCCUUCCGGCAGCUCUGUCAAAAGUUGAUGCUCAAAGGUGAGACCCAGGAGGUCGACCGAGUCUUGGAGGCGUUUGCACAACGGUAUAUCGAUUGCAACCACCAGUCUAUCCUCGGCAGCAAGGAUGUCGUCCAUGCGAUUACCUACUCAAUCCUGCUGCUCAACACCGAUCUGCAUGUCGUCCAACAGUCGAACUCCAGCAAGAUGUCCCGGUCGGCGUUCGUUAAGAAUACACUCCAGGUUGUCCUGGCGCAGACAUCACAGGCAGACCGGGCUUCAGAGGACUCAAGUGCCAAUGGACUGUUGUUGACAAGGACAGAGACCGGUGAGCUGAGCGUCCAUGGAUCGACCCACGGUUCUGGAGGCAAGAAACGGACACCUAGCGUCAAGAGUUGGCGGUCAGGAACUUCGCAUCAGAGCAAGAGCUCCAAGAUGGGCGUGGACCCCAAGGCUAACGGCGGCCAUGGAAAUGGACGGUGGUGGAUGAGCGAACUCGAGAUUUUGCUCAAGGACAUCUACACUACGGUCAAGCACAACCAGAUCUUGCUUCCUUCCACCACUCCUUUAACGCCUACUUCCUCCACCUUCCCUCAUUCGGCAUCAGGACCUCACCAAGGCUCGGCCAGAGGUGGCCCGGGAGGCGGGUUCCUGCCUAGGAUGUCACGACAGGUCCAGCCUUCUGCACUGAUUGAUGCAGGUUUUGGCGGUCUUGGGGGCGACUCUGGAAACGGCCAGUCCGGUGCCAACAAUGGCCGCGAGAACAUUAUUGUCGGGAUGGUGCGCCGUAACUCCAUCAACACACGCACCAAACAGCUACGCCAGGAUGCCAUGAAGCGCCUGAACGCCCAGUCGUCGGCAGGGUCUCGCGGACUUGCGCCGUCCUCACAAUCGCAUCAGGGUGCGGCUUCCCAGAAUGGCAAUGCCGAUGGUGUUCGCGUUGGCAACAGUCGAUACUCGCUUCUCCCUCCACCUUCAGUCUCAUUGGGCAGUUCUACUCAUUCGACUGCCUCAAGCACAACAACACGCCUGGAUGUUCCUCCCGUGUCCCGUCAACAAUCUCAGCAAAGCGUAAAGACUGUGAGCAGAGGAGUCAGUCCCAGCGGAAACAGCGGCACCGACCAUCAGCCUAGAUUCCAGAUGGAGGGCAUCCUCCACCGGAAACACCUGUUGGAGCGACCUGACAAGAAGGCGUCCCAUCGUGCCUGGCGUCAGCUGUUAGUUGUUCUGGACCAAGGAGGACUGUCGAUGUUUAGGGCCGAUGGUCAGAUGGGUCAGGCGUUUGAAGAACAAGGUAUCCUGUUGGAUGAGAUCCGGUUACAGCACACCAUUACCAACAUCCUCCCACCGCCAGGUUACUCCUCGGCAAGACGACAUGUCUUCGCUAUUCAGCUUCACUCAGGGGCAGUGUUCCUCUUCCAGACGGCGACCGCACUUGAGUGUGAGGAAUGGGCCAGGACAUGCAACUACUGGGCCGCCAAGACCUCCAAGGAACCACUUUCAGGAGGAGUUGUCAACAUGGAUUAUGGAUGGGGUCGGUGCCUUGAUUUGCUGGAGCAGGAUGGCGAGUCGGCCUGGGGCGAGAGUGGGCAUGCAGGAUUAACACAUGGUCAUUCCUUGACGGCUUCUUCAUCGACCUCCUCAAUUGUGCCCAACGGCAACUCUAGCGGGACCAGUCUGCUUAUGCUGAGCGGUGAAGAUGACGAUGCAAGUAUCAAGAACGGACCCAAGCCAGCAGGAUCAAGCUUCUUGAAUUUCCCACCCCCAGCGGUCUCGGGAGGAGGAGCCUCGCUGCCAUCGCCAACGCACUCUGGAUUUGGGUAUGGAGGUGGUGGAUAUGGCUCUGGUAUUGGAGGCGGGAGGACAUCAUCGAUCAAAUCGUCGUCGUCAAAACAUUUCGGAUCACAGAAUGUGCCUUUGGGAGACCGUGUGCUUCUGUUUGAUUGGAGCCCGCCGAUUCCUACGCUGAGCAUGGUCCAAAUGACGGAGGAGGAACAGUGCGAAAACCUGAAGCGCCAGGUUAUUAGUCUCGAGUCCGAGAUGGAGUCCCACCAAGAGCAGCGCGUGCCCAUGAUGAAGCUCUUCUUGCCAAAGUCCCAUAAUUACAACAAGGCAUUUAACAAUUGGGAGCGGCGGUCGCGGUACUUGUUGAAGGAGAUGGUUAAGUACCAGAUCUAUGUCGAGUGUCUUGAGCAGUCGAUCCGUUUCCAGACUGAGGCGCGUGAGUCUCAGGAAGCAGCAGCGGCAGCCGCGGUUGCCGCAGCAGAAGCAGUAUUAGUAAUAGAAGCAGAAGAAGCAACUAUUGUUGCAGAAGUAGAUGGACCGUCUGGGCGUCCGUCUGCCGAGUUGGAGCACCUUGAGGUGUCUACAGACGAUGAGUCUAGCGAGUCUUGUCUUACCGAGGUCGCCGUCGCUGUGUAA